AUGCUUCAAAAUUUGUACCUUGAUAGCAACACGUUAAAUGAUUAAAAGGCCAAUUGCCAUCAACUAUAUUUAGCAUGCCAUCAUUGCAAUAUGCUGACUUUGCCUUCAAUGAAUUAAGUGGGUCAUUAUCAAGAGCUAUUGGAAACAUGACAUCUCUUCUCAGAAUUGGCCUUGAAUUCAACAAUUUCACUGGCAAUAUUCCAAAGGAGAUUGGUCAUCUUAGCAAUUUUGAGCGCUUAAGCAUGUCUGGAAAUAUGUUUAGCGGAUCAUUGCCAAGAGAAAUUGGGAACUUAACAAACAUGUGUGGAUUGUUCCUUCACAGCAAUGCUUUAAGUGGUCACAUUCCAAGAGAGAUUGGUCACCUUGUUAAUUUGAUAGAGUUGCAAUUGGAAGUAAACAAUUUCAAUGGACCAUUGCCACAAGAGAUUGGAAACAUGACAUUUCUUCGCUACUUAUGGCUCAACAAUAACAAUUUAAAUGGUCCGAUACCAUCCACCAUUGUGAAUCAAUCAAGACUGCUUAGUUUAGUGGUCGAUUCGAACAACUUAAGUGGAGAGAUUACACCGUUCAUUUUUCGCUCCCGCGACAUUAAGUUCUUAUCCAUUGCAAACAACAGUCUAUGGGGACCACUUCCACCCUUCAUUUGCAACAAUACAAGUCUUGAAUUUCUUGACUUUUCAAACAAUAACUUGAGUGGAAGUAUACCUCUUUGUCUAUUUGAAAACUUGAAGAAUCUUCAAGUUCUUAAUCUGGGUAGAAACAACAUGACUGGUUGGAUCCCUGAUAAUAUUUCUCCCAAUUGCAGCCUAAAGACUUUAGAUGUGAGUCACAACAAUUUGGUAGGAGGUGUUCCACUUUCUCUAGAGAAUUGCACUUCCUUAGAAGUUAUGAAUGUGAGAAACAAUCACAUAGUUGGUAAUUUCCCAUGUAUGCUCCCGUCUAGCUUGCGGUUGCUUGUGUUGCGUUCGAACAGAUUCCACGGAGAGAUCACAUGUCAAAAGAGUUGGCCAAGUCUUCAAAUCAUCGACAUCGCUUCCAAUAAUUUCAGUGGCAAAAUAAAUCCUUUUAACUUCACAUACUGGAGAGGAAUGGUGUUGGAUCGUGAUGCAGAAUUGGAGCGUAUCAACUUAGGCGUCAUGGCUACGAUAGGAUACUACUACGGGAACGAGGUGACAUUAACCAUUAAAGGGCAAGAGCUUGAGCUUGUCAAGAUUUGGCCAGAGUUUAUCUCUAUUGACUUCUCUUGCAAUAAUUUUCAUGGCGAAAUCCCCGUGGAAAUUGGUAAGCUCAACUCACUCUAUCUUCUCAACUUAUCUCACAACGCUCUCACCGGUCGAAUCCCAAAGUCAUUUGGCAAGUUGAGGCAGCUUGGAUCGCUUGACCUCUCGAUGAACCAGCUCACGGGGGAGAUACCAAAGGAGAUCGCGUCGCUCACAUUCCUUGUUGUGAUGAAUGUAUCUCACAACAAGCUAGUUGGAGAGAUUCCGAUUGGGAAUCAGUUGCAAACAUUUUCUGCUGAUUCAUUUGAAGGGAACACGGGAUUGUGUGGUCUCCCUCUGAACAUUAGCUGCACGAAUCCAUCACCGCGGUUUGUGGAAGUGGAAUCGGAUAGGGAGAUUGAGUGGGAUUAUGUGUUUGCUGCUGCUGGAUAUGUUGUGGGCUUAGGAGGCUUCUCUUGGGUGCUUUUACUUUGUCCAAGUUUCAGGUAUAAAUACUUCGAGAAAGUUGAGGAUGUUUUCGAGAUGAUCUUUGAGUGGAGUUGUGAGGAAUCAGGUUAGAAGAGACAAUAGUGGUGAUGAAGCUUAGUUAUCCAAGAAUGUGUUGGUAAUAGUAUGGAUAUGUUUGCUUUGAUUAUCCAAUGUUUUGUAAGGUUCAUUAUCAGUGUGUUUGUUAUCUUAUCAUUGGAGGGCAUAUACCCUCAAUCUCUUGAAAUUAUAGA